AUGAAUAGAUCCGUUUGGACUGUUAUAACAUGUACAAUGUUAUUAGUUAUUAUAUGUAAUUUUAAUACAAUGAAAGCUGCUCCAGCUAAUAAUGCUAAAAACGCGCCCCCCAGUCCUACUAAAGCUCCAGCACCUCCUGCUGCUAAAGCUCCAGCAACUGCUACUAAGAGACCACAUGAUGAACGUGGUGUGAUGGCUGCAGCGACUGCUCCUAUCAUACUUGGACUUGUUGGGCAAGUGGUUGGUUAUAUAAUGCAGUACAUAGCUAGUUAA